CGUUGGCUUACAUACUUUCCCCUGCGGAUUUCAUGCACACGAGUCAGGCCAGUCUCAAAUGUACAUGCCUCCCGUUUGUUAUCGUUGCAGUUGCACAGAGUUACAUCGGGAGGUGUUGUGGCCUACUAAACUUGACCGCAACAUGGCCGCCAGGUUACGUCCGAAUCGGUCUCCCUGCAUGUGUCCCUAACCACGUAGUAACUAGUGGGCGUUUUGCUAUUUACUCAUUAGUCUCCAUAAGACUCCAUCCAGAUCGGGCACUCAGGUCCGCACGCUAGGACCAAUAUGCAGUUUUAUCACUGUGUAGUAUUACGAUGAUAUUGUAGUUGUGGCUUGGUAGAUAUAUCGCUACGAAUGAUAUUAACUAACUAAUUAAUUC